AUGUCAGCCCGACAGCCCCAAGCCAAUGGACCCAUCUCCUCCGCUGAAUGUGUUACCAAGAGACCCUCCUCACCGGCACUACCACCAGUGCCACAACCACUACCUGGUCCACCAUCACCACCACCACCAGCACACUUACCACAGACACAUAUUCUUCCACGCCGCACCCGUGUACACAGGUACUCCCUAUUUACAGAGUCCCUCAAGGCAGUCGAACCUCAAGGACGCGAGGCCAAAGGAGUCUUCAGAACCAUGCCUGCUGCUGCACCAACCGUCAAGCAGACGGUCGAGGUCGGGAAGCCGGGCGAGUACAAAAUCACGAUCGGGGAAAGCUUGAGGCGACAUGCUGACGCUUCGUCGGACGAUGAUGCCGCCUCCUCCGGGGAUGUGUUUACGAGUGUGAAAUACAACUAUAAACCCAACACCGCAUUAUCGAAUCCCAUUCCGCCUCAGCUCACAAAACAUGCCCCGACCGGUCCUGCCCCAUACACACUGUCGCUCCCAGGCGCCGCCGCCAAAGCCAUCACAUACACUGGUAGUCAGCACGUGCAUCCUCCGCGGAAAGCAGAGUGCAUACUCCUCUUCGACCACACCACGCAGUCUUUCACCCUCGAGAAGCUCACAAGUACAUUUACGUUCAACGCCAAAGUCUAUGCCCCUGCGCACCCUGCACUGCCGCUCCGCCCGCCAAUCCCGGACGGCGAAGAGACUGACGAGGAGGAGCGAGAGGAGGACAACCCGUUCGAUUACCGCCACUUCAUCAACAAGAAGCCGACUACAAAAUCGCGAGCCGAGCAGAAGAAGGAGCGCGAACAGCGCAGAAAGGAGGCGCUGAAGCGCGCAGGCAAGGAUGUGCCGGAAGAUGAGCCGGAGGAGGAGGACGACGAGGAAGACCUUGGCCUCGGAAUCUCCUACAAUGGCCGUCCGGCGGUCAGCGGUAAGGGAUUUUUGGCGUCGCCUGCCAUCGGGCCAAGGAGGAAUGUUGGCGGGAAGUCGCCCUUUGCCGGGAAGAAGCCUGUGGGGAUGUCGCCUGGUGUGCGGUUGCCUAGUCCGGGUCGCGAGAGCGAGAGCGACGAGGAUGAGUCGGAGGAGGCUGAUGAUGAGGAAGAGGAUGACGAGGAGAUGGCGGCGCCACCUCUAAUACCCCCACCACCAGCGCCGAAGAGGAAGGCACCCGUGCAGAGGAAGAAGGCUGCGGCGGCGGCCCUCGUGGUUGAGGAGCCGGAGGAAUUGGUGUUUCCGGAGCUGAUGGCCAUUGAUGAGCCAUCAGAAGAGGAGAUCAGCGACGUUGACGAGAGCGAUGAGGACGCUCCGCCGCCACUACAGAAGCAGCAAGCGCCGCUUGUGGUGGAGGAAGAAGAGGACGACGAAGAGGAUGACCUGGCGAAGCUGCUGGAGAAGGAAUUGGGUGAUGGCGACGGUGACGAGAUCAUCUUCGAUGAUGAUGGUGAAGUCCGAGGCGGUGGUGCCGCAACAGAGAGUGGGUGGGGUGCGGAGAGUACUUCGGCAGCCACCGGCGGAGGCCCCAUCAGUAUUGCGGGCAUGAUGGGCGCUGACGAUGAUAGUGAGACCAGUGAGGAGGAGUAA